AUGGUGAGAUGCAUGCUGCACUCUGCCAGGAUGGACCUAUGGUGUUGGGGAGAAGCAUUUAUAUAUGCAGUACAUAUCUGCAACCUCUUGCCCACAUCAGCACUACAAGAAACUGUCCCAAUCCAUGCCUGGGGUGGCCACAAACCAGACAUAUCCCACCUAUGCAUUUUUGGCUCAACUGCUUAUGCAAAUAUUCUGAAGAAAGUUCAUGGGGAAAAGCUUGUUGCAAAUUUCUUGGGCAUGUGA